AGAUGCUGGCUUAGCGGUAUGAUGGCAGCCGGGUUGAGAAGAAAAAGUUUACUCAUCUGCAUUUCCUCGUGAUCUCAGCUCACGGACUGGCCAUACCUCUCGAAGAACAUCAUCAUCGCUGUUGUAUCCCUCUGUUCGGGUGUUUCAUCUCGAUAUAAAGGUUCAAUGGACUUUACAGGACUUUAAAACAGUACAUGGAUCUAUUUAUUUGCUAAUUAUUUAUUGGUCUGAUUCUAGAGACAGAUGAGCCACAUCUCUCACUGAGUGAUAGCCCUUUUUUCUUUGGAGCAACUGAAUUCAUUUCAGAAUUUAUCAACGGAAAGAGAUCUUGGAUGAAAUUAGGUUUCCUGGAUUUCUGUUUCGAGAAUAUAGGUCCAAAUCUAAAUACUAUGGUAUCUUUUCAUUCUCGAGGAUGGUUCGAUAAAUAAAAAUAGUUCGUUACUUUCUUCGUUCGGAGAGAUAACAUCAUUUGCUUUGGGAUUAUCAAGAAAUAGCAACAUGUUACCAGGGUUUGAGUUCAUCCCUAUCAUCACUGAAGACUCCCAGUUCAACGAAACCGACUUCGACCAGGGUACGAUGUCGAUAAACAACAACGAAUCUGGUCCACAUCAAGACUCGUGUAGUAGCGGAGGCCACGGCGUCGAUUCCGAGAGCGUCUCGGGUGAAAGCAUCGCGUCAGACAGGAGUCCGCCGUCGUCAUCGCGCGGGGCUAAGCACCACGAUACUGAAAAGCCAGCAGCGGGAAAUGGAAGCGGACGCCGCCGAAGAGGCGGCGGAAAGGGAGCUGGAGGCGAUGGUCGUGGUAGUUCACGAGGUCCCAUCAAACCUGUACAACGGAACGCUGCCAAUGCUCGUGAACGAGCUCGUAUGAGGGUAUUGAGCAAAGCUUUCUCGAAACUGAAGACGAGCCUUCCUUGGGUUCCCCCCGAUACGAAGCUUUCUAAACUAGAUACUCUGAGAUUAGCUUCUAGUUAUAUCUCGCAUCUCAAGAAGAUAUUAGAUGAUGACUCUUUAGAUGGCCGAAUGAUGCACCCAAUUAGCUUGACGUGGCCAUUUGCGAUCACCAAUAAGCCAACAGAGAGUGAUGACCAGGAUAAUGGUCAUUGUGACGUCAUGGAUACCUGUGGCUCAUCACCCAAUCAGAAGACAGAUGACGACGGAGGAUGGUGCACGUAAUAUCCCAUAUUCAUUGGACUUUUCAGCAUAUUUUGUUACAAGAAAGAACAAAUUUACAAAACCAAAGAUGGAACAAUACAAACCACUUUCAGCGGUUUACUGAUUCAAAAAUUGUCGGUCUUUACGCGAUUAAGAAACUGAGGAAGAAACUGUUCUCCCGAAUUCAGUUUUUAUUCAGAGGACAGUUCCUCACUCCGUCCUAGUCUGCAGGCAAAGACCCUGAUUGGACUUUGAUCAACAGUUGGGUCUCCACGCAAAGACUAGCGCAUGAGCCUUCACUACACAAGACAUUAUAGACUGAACAUUCUGAUCCUUCAUUCGAGUGAAGGGUUUGCACUUUGCACAGCAGACUAACUCCGUACGGCAAUUUUACUUCAUCUCAAAAUGCAAUUCUCCAUCUUCACUAAAGUGAUCUUUUACGUCAUUUAGUCGAGGGGGACACCUGUAAUUAUAGUAUGUAACAAGUGCUUUCUGAUGACGUUGCGAAAUUAAGUCAUAUUAUCACAUCUUUGCCAUGUUUGUACAUAAAAAUAAAGUAUAAUGUACAUAAACGUUUUGAUCCAGCCAUUUGAAAAGAAAACCAAGGAAGGAAUAAACCAUGUGUAUCUUUGAUGUAUACUAGUAAUUUAUUAUUGUUCGAAACUGCUAUCAUUCCACUUUCUCGUUGAUUUUUAUUUCAUUUUAUUUGAAAUAGACUUUAGAGAAAAAUUAAGAAAUUGGGAAGACGAAUUUGGAAAGGAAAAAUAUUUCAUCAUAAAAUAACAUUAUGUUUGUGAUGAACGAAUGCGCAAUGUACUUUAUUUAUUUGUUUGUUGAACCAAGAUUGAUCCAAACAGUGCAUUGUUAGUGAGAUCCCUAUUUCCACUGUUAGCUGAGACUCAACAACACUCUGCAUGAAUAACAUUUAUUACUUACAUGAUAAUAGUAUGAAAACUGGAAUUGAAGAACAGAAAGAGCAAAUUAGACAUUUAAUGACAAGAGACUGUGUCGUUCUUGUUAGAAAUGUUGUAAUCAAAGGAAAACUCCCCGAAGAUAAUCAUUUCAAAUAUUAAGAAAAAUUCGAUUAGAUUACUGACCCAAAAAUUUCUUAAUUGAAGUAACAACUAUUAUUACGUUUAAAGAGUGAAGUGUACUUUAAUUCUGAUCUCGUGUUGUGUUAUAGUCUCUUCAAAAACUUUAUUCAAUAUUGGUUAUUUUGUGUACGUAAACCUGAAACUUGAUAAUAUCUUCUUUCUCUCGUUCGUUUGUCUUAGGCCUAGAACAUGCGCAACGUGUUUAUUGAUAGUAUUUCAAUCGAGUAAUGUUCAUUAUUAUGCUGUACCGUUCUAAACUCUCUUCCGUUCUAUUCAUCUCUUACCCCACCGCCUCUCCCCCUCCCCAUCUCUCUUUCUAUCUACCCCAAUCCCCCUUCCUCAAGGAGGGGGGGGGGGUUGUUAUAAUCAUCAUUGCAAUACUUAACUGUCUGCUCUUUCUAUCGUUAAUGCAUUGUACAUAUUGUAAAUAAAUAAAUU